GCGCCCCUGGACACCAUCAACGUCCACAUCCGUGCAGGGCACAUCCUGCCCCUACAGGAGCCCGCCUUCAGCACUGCCCAGUCCCGUGGGAAGGGCAUGGCCUUGGUGGUGGCGCUGAGCCUGGACGGCUUCGCCAGGGGAGAGCUGUUCUGGGAUGAUGGGGAGAGCUGGGAGACCUUUGAGAGGGGCGACUACACCGAGAUCCUCUUCCUGGCCUCCAACGACGCCGUGCUCAGCCAGCUGCUGCGGGCGAGUGCCCACCUGGACGGGGUCCUGCUGGAGGCCGUGACUGUGCUGGGGGUCACCAGCCCUCCCCGGAGAGUUCUGGCCAACGGUGUCAUCGUGAGUGACUUCUCCUACCGCAGUGACACCCAGGUGCUGAGAGUCCCUGUGUCGCUGCCCAUGUGGGAGCAGUUUGUGAUCUCCUGGUCCUGACCAGCGUGGGUCACAGGGAGACUGCGCUGCUCCCCUGGAAUCCAAGGCCAAAUCCAUCCCAUCCCCUGUACCCUGAGCUGCCCCUGCUCUUCCCACACUCCUGGGCCUUGUUCUCCCUCUGGCUGCUGGGCAUUGAUGGAGGGGUGUGCACUGGACUGGCAGAGGGAGGGGGCCCUUGCACAGCCCCCAGGGACAGGGAAAACUUCACCAUCAUCAAAUCAGGGGAAAAAAGAUCCAAGUGCCUUGUGAGACAGCAAACCAGUUGCUCUGGGGGACUGGUAACUGGGGCAGAGACUGCAGGGAGUUUCGUGGCUGUGGUUUUGGGGGGUGGGAUGUGCAGGGACUGAGGGAGCAGUACUGUGAAUAAAGCUGCUGUUUGCUGGGA